CAACGCUCUCUUCGGCGACGCGCCCUGGAGCCCCCGUCCGCCCCUGCGAACAAGCAGGCAGGUGUAGGCGCCGGCAGGGGCGGGGCGUGUUCCCUGGCCGCGCCUCGCCGGGCCGACGCCCCCCAACCUUCCCGGGGUCGCCCGCGCCGCAGACCGCACCCCGGAAGCCUGCACGCCCAGCUCCGCGCCCUGGAAGCUCGCGCAUGCGCGCCGAAGCCCCGCAGCUGUUUGGCCGUUUCCACGGCUACGAAGAGCGUUGGCCGGGGGCCCGGGAAGGAGAAAAUGAAGCUUAAGAGCCUCCUGCUCCGGUAUUACCCGCCAGGAAUUAUGUUGGAAUAUGAAAAGAGUGGAGAGUUGAAAACCAAAUCCAUAGAUUUGCUCAACCUCAGUUCCAGCACUGAUGUCAAUGCCUUAGUAGAAGAGAUACAGAAAGCAGAGCCUCUAAUCACAGCUUCACGAUCAGAUCAAGUAAAGCUUUUAAUACAGAGAUUACAAGAUAAACUCAGACAGCACAGUAACCACAAAUUUUAUCUUUUUAAGGUUCUCAGAGCACAUAUACUGCCAUUGACUAAUGUUGCACUUAAUAAAUCAGGCUCAUGCUUUAUCACAGGAAGCUAUGAUCGGACAUGUAAAGUCUGGGACACUGCAUCUGGAGAGGAGCUUCACACCCUGGAGGGCCACAGGAAUGUGGUCUAUGCCAUAGCAUUCAACAACCCUUACGGUGACAAAAUUGCUACUGGGUCCUUUGAUAAGACUUGUAAGCUAUGGAGUGCAGAAACGGGAAAAUGUUACCAUACCUUUAGAGGUCAUACAGCAGAAAUAGUUUGUUUAUCAUUCAAUCCUCAAAGCACACUGGUGGCUACUGGGAGCAUGGACACAACGGCCAAACUGUGGGACAUUCAGAAUGGAGAGGAAGUGUUCACUUUAACAGGACAUUCUGCUGAAAUCAUCUCUUUGUCCUUUAACACCUUGGGAAACAGAAUCAUCACAGGAUCUUUUGAUCAUACUGUUGCAGUGUGGGAAGCUGAUACUGGAAGGAAGGUGUAUACCUUAAUCGGGCAUUGUGCUGAAAUUAGCAGUGCUCUAUUCAACUGGGAUUGCUCUCUGAUAUUAACUGGCUCUAUGGACAAGACCUGCAUGCUGUGGGAUGCCACAAACGGAAAAUGUGUGGCCACGCUGACAGGCCACGAUGAUGAAAUACUAGACAGCUGUUUUGAUUACACUGGAAAACUUAUUGCAACUGCUUCAGCCGAUGGAACAGCAAGAGUUUUCAGUGCAGCCACAAGAAAAUGCAUUACCAAAUUGGAAGGCCAUGAAGGCGAAAUUUCAAAGAUUUCUUUCAACCCCCAAGGGAAUCAUCUUCUGACUGGCAGCGCUGACAAAACAGCUAGAAUCUGGGAUGCUCAGACUGGUCAGUGCCUCCAGAUUCUCGAGGGGCACACGGAUGAGAUCUUUUCAUGUGCUUUCAACUAUAAAGGCAACAUAAUCAUUACAGGUAGCAAGGAUAAUACGUGUAGGAUAUGGCGCUGACUGAAGAAAAAGGCAGCUGGUGAACAAAUUUGCUAGUAAUGGAGAUCAAGACCUGGAGCUUCACAGAGAGCAAGCAGGCUGUUUGGAUAUUUCAUGUUUUCUCUCUUUCCAAAAGUCAGCAAUUUAUACACUAACCUUAGCUUCAUGGAUAUGACCAUUAAAACUGAUAAAGUUA